UUAUGUCGGCCGUGCACGAUAUCAGAAGAAAUAAACAUAACUCGGUGAGCCCGUGCACGCUGGCCACGCAAGAGUACAGUGCGAGGGAAUUCAACGAAUAUCUGAACAAGACCGGAGUUCAUUACUACAUUCGGUACGUGUUGACGUUCGCAUCAAUCUUUGGAGUGUUUCCGGUCAGCAACAUACACCAACGAGACGUUUACAAAUUGACGUUUCGCUGGUAUUAUCCGAUUGCUAUUUACUCGGCUCUUUUGUUUUGUGGAUUUGCGUCCAUUGAGUUAUUCUCGUUGGACUACACUAUAAGGAACUUAAAUCAAGAUAAUCUAACAGCGAAAGGAGGGAUAAAGAAAGCCACAUCGGGAAGUAUAUUUUACGGCAAUGCGUGUUGUGCACUUUGGAUGUUCAUAAAACUAGCGAAGAAAUGGCCUAAGCUGAUGCAGGAUUGGCGGUCGGUAGAGAUUUCGAUGAGGAGGUUUGGCGCUCCAAGACUCGGAUGGAAAUCAACUACUCUUGCUGUGGUAUUACUAGUGUUCGCGUUUACUGAACACGGCUUACACAAUUGGUUAAAUACAAGGCCCGGCGGUAAAGAUGACAUUGCAUCCAUGUCGCUGAUCGACAAUGAUGAUAAUGGCAGUCUUAUACUUCUAGAUCAGUCCGCAACAUUCACAGGAUAUCUCGAACGGUUUUCUUUAAAGACGCAUUGGUACUUGUACGAUGAUUAUGACAGUUAUAACCCGGUAAAAGGCUUCUUGGUAAUGUGGUUAAGUCUGACUGCGACGUUCCUGUGGAAUUUCACCGAUCUUUUCAUCAUGUUAGUCAGCUCAGCACUGGCGGCUCAGUUUAAGAAACUAACAAAAGCCAUGCAUAGCGUUAGAGGUCAAAUGCUGACAAUGUCGCAGUGGCAGGAAUAUCGAGAGACUUACACGUCCUUAACUCAUUUGGUCAAGAAAAUUGACGAUCAUAUCAACGUCAUUGUGGCGUUGUCAAUAGGCAGUAACAUUUAUUUCAUUUGCGCUCAGCUCAUUACGGAAAUUGAUUCCAUCAAACACAGCUAUUUCAGAACGCUGUUCUACAUGUACUCGUUUAUGUUUUUGGUGUUUCGGACCACAGCAGUCGUGAUGCAAGCAUCUGCUAUAAACGAUGAGAGCAAAAAAAUUGUGCCAGAAAUUUUCAUGUGUCCGACGCACAGUUACAGCAUAGAAGUAUGA